GACAGCGACAGAGGUGCCAGGCUCACGCCACUCAGCCAACUCAUCCGAAAUUCUUCGACAUGCGGGCUAGAGUAUCGGACACUCGGAUGACACAUGCCGAUAGGUGGUGGGCCAGGUUUCUAAACGGCUUUAGCCAGAAAAGGACGGGUAUGGGUGGUGCCGGACGAUUGACCAAGAAUGGGCACUUGGAUUUGCGGGGUUGCGACUGCGAAUUUUGUUGUCGUGUGUCGCAUCUACCGGUCCCCUACCAAUGAUGUUGUCGGUUUCGAAGGCUUGGUCCGCGAAUGUUCUUUAUUUCGCACAU